AUGCCUACCACUGUGGUCAAGCCUAAUGGCGUGCCCACUACGUCUGCUUCCGUGGCUGCUCCCUCAUCGCAACAGCAAAUUCCACUUCCGAAACCCAAUAGGACAGUUCCUCAGUUGGUGCCAACUGUCAAUCAGCAAAUGGUCCCAACUUCUAGUGGUGUAGUCUCUGAAACAAGCCCUGGCUCCUCGUCCGCCGUAGCCUAUAUCAUGCCCCAAAACUAUCCACAAAUGCCAACAUCGCAGAACGAGUACCAGCAACAGUAUGCUAGCACUCCAAUGGGACCACCAAUGGGAGCUGAAUAUCAGCAGCAGUAUGCCACCACUCCAAUGGGUGCUCAAAUCGCUAGUAGGGCUCCAAUAGGUGCACCCAGCUAUCCCAUGCAACCUGCUUACGCUGGAGAUCCUAUCGCUUACUAUUCCGAGUUGCAACGGCAAGCCUCACAAUACCAGUACAUUCCUAUACCUCUUCCCGAAGCCUACUCUGCUGAUGCCGGAAAUCGCUCGAGUAUUCUGAGUACUGCUCCUGUUGGUGCCAUUCAACCAGGUGGUGUCAUCCAGCCAGGCCCAAUGCCAAUGUCAUCAUACACUCUAAGAAACGAUCCGUGGAAGCUCCGAGUGGGCCAACUGGAAGCCGAGCUUCGAAGAGCACGGGACGAGAUUGAUGAAAAGACUGCCAUGCUGGACUCUCUUCAAACUCAUACUCACGAAUCCAUAGUUAGAGAUGCAGAUCAACAGGAAACGAUAGAUACCUUGAGACGGGAAUUGACUACCGCGAUGCUUGAAUUCGCCAGAGAGAGCUCAGAAAUGCGAGAAAGGACACGUGCUGCUGAAACCAAUAAGGGUGAUCCUGUUAUAGUUAGGACAUUGGAAGCCAAAGUAGUAGAGCUAGAAAGGAAAUUGUCAGAGUCUCGGCGUGCUACUCUAUCAAGGGCAGAUCAGAUUGGAUUUGACACUAUUGAAGAUUUGCAGGCUAAAGUGGUAGAUCUUGAAGGGGUCUUGUCAAUCACUCAGGAAGAGCUCUCGAACUCGAUACAUCUCAAAGAAGCAUAUGAUAGAAACGCCAUGGGUCAAGCAAUCCGGAUACGGCAGCUCGAAGAGAGAUGCAAUCUUUUACAAAACCUAUGCAAACAAAUCGAAGACCGCGCCCAAGACGCCGAUAUGAAUCGUAUGAGAGCUAAUGCACAACAAGCAUUGGAUGCAGCAUCUCCAGCGCCUAUUACCGACAAGUCGCAUCUGGAUUUAGACUCGGCCAUUGUAGCUCUCACAGCCGCUGAAGCUCGUAUUGCUGUACUUGAUGAAGAAGUCAGUAAAUUAACAACAAAGAGUCAAGAGCAUGAAUUAGCGCACUUGACUGCCAACCACGAAUUGGAAGAACUACGAAACAUAUAUGAAUCCGAAAAGGUCAUAAACGCCCGACACAUUCAGGACCUCGAAUCUACCAAAUCAUCAAAGGCUUAUGAUUUGAGAAUAAAACAGCACACUGAUGAAGCUGUCCGUUUGCAAGGUCGCCUAGACAGGCUCGAGAGUGAUCUUAAGCGAUCUGUUGAUGAACUACAACGAGUACAAGAUGAAAACUCUAUAUUGUCGAACGGAUUCAAUGCUACAAAAUCAGAGCUUGACAUGUUGAAAUCGCUCAUGACGAAGACUCCUGCAUCAGCCCUCUCUGAAGGAGAGGUAUCUCUUCUGAGAUCUGAUAACGCCAGACUUCGAAAGCAUAAGAUAGAUCUCGAACAACAUUCUCAGCAGGCAUUCCAAGUGUACAAUGAAAUGGUAGCAUUGAUUGAAGAACGAGAUGGUCAAAUAGAAAACCUCGAGUCUAUAUUGGAUUCAUAUCAAAAAUCGGGAUUUACUCUCGAAGAUGGUGGAACUAUUGAUGCUUCGGCAACUGAGAGAAUUAUAUCAGAACUGGCAGAUUCCCGAAGCAAAUUGACAUCCCUCGAAGCUCAAAACUCUGUCUUGCACAGCAUGUUAUCGCAACAACGAACCCAAAUGACAGACGAAAUUCGAAAACUUCGAGUUGACCUUGAUGUUGCCGAACGUGCUGCUUCAGAAGCCAAUGCUCGACUAUCAUCACGUACCCUGAAUGGAUCUCAAGCUGCAGCGUCUCAGGAACAGGAGAAUAUAAUAGCAAAUCUACGAAUCGCAUUACAAAACAAGACGGAAGAUUUCAGAGAAUUGAAGCAGAUGAUGGAUCAAUUGACCGAAGAGUUAUCGUCAAGAGAGAAGAAUAUGACUGAGAUGCAAAGGAGGUACAGCACAUUACAGAAACGAAAUAUUGAAUUGUUGGAACGAGGGCCUGGAGCACGUGUGGAACGAGGGCCUGGGGGUAUGGCUGGGGAACGAGGCAAGUAG